AUGGCCGGCAUGAUGCAGAUGAAUCCCAUGGCCAGCAUGAUGCAGAUGAACCCCAUGGCAAUGGGACUGAUACCAGGAGCUACUGGACAAAUGGUGCCCCCGGUGGAUCCUAAUGCCCUGGCGUUUGCCGGACAGGAGGAGCUACCGGAAGAAGAGGAGGAGGAGGACCCCUACCCGCCGGGCCCAUCCCCCAACAUUAACCACCCGCACUACCGGCCGCCGGACAUGGAGGUGGUUCCAGGUCUGACAGACCGGCGGUUCGUGGGUGUGAUGUACCUUUGGUUCGAGGACAAGGGCUUUGGCUUCAUUGAGUGCCCGGACAUCACGAAGAAGUUUGGGCAAGAUGCGUUCCUUCAUCGGACGCAACGAAAGAACUUCAAGCGUGGGCAGUACGUUUCCUUCUCUGUUUACCUCAACUACCGUGGAAAGCCUCAGGCGACCGAGCUUCGCAAGGCGGAAAAGCCGAAACCCGAGGAGAAGACUGAGACCUAA